AUGUGCAGAAACUUUUGUGCCAACACUUGUGGCUCGUGUAAGGCGUUCUUCCGGAGGGCUGCCCUCAAGUCUACGGUAUUGCAUUGUGCCUCCAAUGGGUUGUGCGAAAUCACUGCCCAAACCCGCAAACUAUGUCAAAAAUGUAGACUUCAAAAGUGUUUCGCCAUUGGAAUGAGAAUUGAAUUCAUAAGAAGUGAAACCGAAAACGAAGUUCGAAAGCAAAUAUAUAGAGAGAAACGCCAGAAGAAACUAUUGGAAAAUAGGCUUAAAAAUUGUGUUGAUUUGUCAGAAACGGACUCAAAUCAAUCAAAACAGGAUUCAAUAGGAAUUGAUAGCAAUAAUAGCAAUGAAAUCGAUGAAUGGAUUAACAGUAUAGACGAUAUAGAGCUGAGCGAACAGAUCGACGAAAUAAUGUGUUGUUUAACGGGAGAGACGGAAGCGAUGCAACAAAUCCGGCAAAAGUCGGCUGCGAUGGCAAUCGUACCGAUAGUCAAACCAAUGGUCGACUACUGCGGCAUAAAUCAGUUAGAGAGUAGCCGUAUAACCGAGUUGUCCAACGCGUCACUAGUGCUCGAUUACCCGGCAUUAAGUGACAAUAGGGUGACCAUCACCGGUCACCUCGAGAUGAUGAUCUUUACGAACGGACUUUUUGAAAAUCACAUCCAAAAUGUGAUCACUUUUACCAAACGUUUGCGAGGGUUUCAAAAGUUUUGCGCCGACGACCAGUUGGCGCUCGUAAAGCACGGCUUACUUGAUAUAACAUUUCUACGAGGUAAGUUGAUCAUGGAUAAAAAUAACACAUUAACAGUGGGUUUGUGUGACUUUAAAGAUCACAAGAGAAAUACAUACGAUAUGAUACUUCUGUUAAUCAGCAAACUAUUACCCGAGUGGGACCAGGAUGAAAUUUUAAUGGAUUUGUUAACUGCAAUUGUUUUACUUAACCCAAAGCGACCGAAUCUAUUGCACAGACAAAGUAUUAAACUCGAACAACAACUAUAUCUACUAUUGAAGUGUGGGUCAGAAUCGGAGUCCAAACCCAGAGUACAGGCGCUCAUGAAUUCAUUGACUGAUCUCUCAAUUACUGCCGAAAACAUUCACCUUGACAGAAUUUGUGGCGUUUGCGACGAUAGUAAACAAAUAGGCCGAAAUUUUGGUGCCAUAUCAUGUGAAUCAUGCAAAGCAUUUUUUAGGAGAACUGCCCUCAAGAAUAUACAAUUGAUCCGGAGUUUUGAUGCGCGAGAAAUGAACGCACAAUUAGCGGGUCUUCAGACUAGUAAUCAAACCAUGGAUUCAGAUCUCAGUGACGGAUCUCAUAGCGGAUCAAAUGAUGGCCACCAAGACGUCGACAAUGACCGGGAAAUCGACGACUUAAUUGAAAACAGCGACGAUAUCCACGACCAGGAGCUGUACGACCAGAUGCUGGCCAUUGAGAAUUGUCUAUUUGGCACAACCGUCACAUCCAAUGUGAAACAUAUGGCCCAGAGUUUGGCCACAACGCCAAUGGUUAGGGUUAUCACGGAUUACGAGGGUAUCAAUCAGUUGGAGUGCCGGCGUAUCCGUGAAUUACACACAGCGACCGAUAUUUUCAAUUACAAUAUCAGUGAUAAUGUGCUAAACAUUACGGAUGUGACUGAAUUGGUCCGCUUGACGACCGGCCGGACAGAGGGUCACAUCCGGGAAGUGAUCGCAUUUACCAAAGGCUUAGAGGGGUUCACAAAGUGCUGCGCCGACGACCAGUUGUCGCUCGUGAAGUGCGGCUGCAUUGAAGUGAUUUAUAUGCGGGGUAUCGACUCGUAUGACUCCAACACAGAUUGUUUUAAUUUUCAUCUAGAUAAUAAUAGUACACUUAAGUUGCAUCUAGGAUUAUUUAAGCCCGAACGCCGAGACACUUAUGGUCUGGUAAAUGGCGAUCCGGUUAUUAUGAACUUGCUGUGCGCGAUUAUCAUGUACAAUCCUAAUCGACCAAACUUAAAACAUAAGUACAAUAUAAAACUCGAACAACAACUGUAUAUAUAUUUACUGCAAAGAUAUCUACUAUUGAAAUACCGCUCGGAAUCGGAAUCACAGACAAGACUACAGGCGCUGAUGAAUGCGUUGACAGACUUGAGAAGUGCCACAAAAUUGCAUAAACACAACGAAUUGGAAGACAUUCACCAAAACAAACAUUUCCUACAAUAUUAUGGACCACUUUUUAGAGAGAUUUAUGAUUUGGUUUAA